AUGACUCUUUUUCUAUCUCACGAGGUCUAUCUAUUCGAAAAACGCUUCAUGCCUUCAUCCAUGACAAUGAGAGCGAUGAAGAAGCAGAAAAUUAAAACAACCGACACUGAGAGAGAUGAAGAAGUAGAAGACGAAAGAGAUGAUGAGAAACCCUGCAUGAUUCUACAAUUGCCAGACCACAUAAUCCUGGAGAUCUUCUCUAGAAUCCCAAUAAACACGGUCAUCCAAUGCAAGUAUGUGUGCAAGUCUUGGCGCCGUUCUCUCUCAGACCACGAGUUCUCAAAAUCCCUAUUUGCACGAACUGCGGCGUGCUUGUUUCUCAAAGUCUAUAGUCGGACUCCAUGCCGGAGCCGAAACACCAAACGUUAUCAUAUACCCCCGAAUAAGCACAUCUUGGCCAACUUGGAAAGCGUCUCGAGCCCAAACAACGUGGUCUUGAAGCUUUCAGAUCCCAAUGCCUUAUACAACAGGCUCCAUUCAAGUUUUACAGGUGUUAUGGGAUCCUGCAAUGGCUUCCUCUGCUUAUUCCGACAUAAUUGUAAAAUUGAUGCUUUCAUUUUUAACAUAUCCAAUCCCAUUACCGGUGAGUCUGUACCUCUUCCAGUCAAUAAAGAAAUAGGUCGUCCAGCUCACUUUGGGUUUGGGUUUAGUCCCAUAAGUGAUGUCUAUAAGGUGGUUGUGUUUACAACCAAUGAAAUUAAUGAACAUCGCUUUCACAAAAGAAAACAAUGUCGUAAAUUGGAGGUGAUGGUUUUGACUGUUGGCUCUGGGAUUUGGAGAAGAAUUGGCAAAGUAUCAAAUGUCAUGCGUGCAGCACGAGAAGGGGUCUUUCAUAAUGGAUUUCUUCACUGGGUUUGCCACUGUAAAAAAGGUUAUGGCUCUCUCUUCAUACGUGCAUUUGAUGUUGAAAGCGAGCGUUUCAAGGAUUUACCAAUGCCCCCUUGUCAUUUCCAUCCCCAUUCUAUACCUCAAAUGCGAGUCCUAGGAGGUUCACUUUCUGUAAGUGAUGGCCGCACGUUUUGGGUAAUGAAAGAGUACGGCGUCAAGAAGUCUUGGACCAAAGAGCUUGAAAUUGGACGUGGUAAAGUUGAUCCUAAUGGCGGAUAUGGGUCCAAUAUACGAGAUGUUGAAGUGCUGAAAUUUACAGAGGGGAAAGUUUUGUUGUUAGCAGACAAUAAUUUGUGCCUCUAUACUCCUGAAACCAGGACCCUUGUGAGGGUUGAAAUUGAUGGGAUGCCAUCAGGGGGCUUCCAUUUCGUGGCGGACCAUAUUCCGAGCUUUGUUUCUCCGAAGGAUAUUAUCAAGGAUUACGUCUCCAAACUUCGCAGCUGUAAAUAUAAUGAUCGAGUCGUUGUGGUGAGGCCGAGGACGAGGUUGGCUGUGAAAAAGCUGAAGGAGGAGGAGGUGCUGCCGGAGCCGGAGAAGGAGAAGGAGAAGGACCGCGUGAAUGUGAUUUCGGAGAAGGAAGACUCCGAUUCGGAGGGUGAAAGGGAGGAAGAAGAAGAAGAGAACAAAGCUGUGAUGGCUGACGAUAGUGGUGGCUUGAGUGCUAACAAGGUUGCUGGGCAAGAAGAAGAGAACAGUACGACGCCGUUUCCAGAAAAGGUUUUGAUUGCAAUAGUUACUUAUAGAAUGCUUUGGGUUACUGAAAGUGAUGUUCAAUUUAUCAUAAUAAAGCGAAAGAGAUUGCCUUAA